AUGCCUUCGGUCAUUAAUACUUUUCCUUUUUUUAAAGCAUUUUUAGAGGCCGGAGUUUCAAGCUAUCUCGAGAACGCAAUGUCUCACAUGCCUGAGGCCGGCUGGAAUCUUGUCAAACCAUGGGCUACGGAGAAACGGAAGGGCUUCUUUGCGGGCGAUGCCGCAAGAGGAAAAAUAUAUCAGGACAGAUUUGUUACACCCGAACAGGGAAUAUACUUUAUUGCACUAAAUUUACAACUGACAAAUGUAACUAUUGGCAUCUUAAAAGCAAGUCUGGUAAUUAAUGACGAGUUUGAAAAAAAAAACGGAUUCGAAGGUUUUGUUGGAAAGACCACGUCAACAGAAACCGUAAGUAUGUCUGGAUUUUUGCUUCUUUAUGAGAACGACGUCAUAGCUUGCUACCUUAGUGGCUCAGCGGGAAUCCUGUUGUCUGACAGCACCUUUUCAGUGAUGAAGAUGUCACGAAUAGGUUCUGUCCCAGGUUUUCACGCUGUAUUAUCACGUGACCAAGUUAUUGAGCCGCACACCACCAGCCGGCUUAACUACUGGAGAACCAGUGGGUCCAAAGGUUUAUUUGUGAUGCAGAGCGGCACUUCACCUUCUGUUGGACUAUAUUGCUCAAUUGUUGAUGGAAUUCACAAAUUUACAUCAAACAUAAACCUCGAAUCCAAAACCCAAUCGACGAGCGUGGAUGUAAGUAUUGUUUUAAACUCAAAUACUACUUUGGUGAAGAGGUACUCGUCCGGAACAAAUAGAUAUUCCACUAGUGUGUCCGGAAUGUUUAACUUGACACGCGGAGAUUGUGUUGAGAUGAGGAUUGAGUGUACCGAUGAGGGACUCCCUGUAGUCUUAACAGGCACUAGUUUUUCAGGCCUUUUUCUUGAUCGACAAAUGGAGACUAAUCGGCAAUUCUCCGCCAGUUUACCUUCCCACAAUCAAUUGCAAAUGAGUCCUGGAUGGAAUAAGGUACAAAACUGGAUCGUUAACUAUUCAAAAAGGAACUUUCCAUCCCUAGAGACGAUUCUGAAAAACAAUCAUAGCAAGUUCAUGCCGGACACUAGUGGAGUGUUCAUUGUGGUAGCUGUCAUGAAUAUAAAUGCCUCAACAGAAAGUCAGAGUGACUUACGAUUGCUUGUCUCAGUCACUGAGCCUUCAUCUGGUAACAGCGGACUAUUGGCAGCAUAUUCAUUCUCUUCAAGUCUCAGGUCAUUAAUUGUCAGCGGUCUUGUUUCGCUUAACAAAGGUGAUUCAUUAAGUGUUUACGUUUAUGGCGAUUCUCGUGAAAGCGAUAUGGUGGAUGGACUGUUUUGUGUUUCUGCUGUUCCCUACGACUGGCCUGGUGUUGCAGCUUCACUUACAGAAGCCAUUCCUCUGAAUUUCCCAGAAUGGACGAAAAUUACUGAAUGGAAAACUAACGGUGUUCCUGGGUUGUUCUCCUUCGACAAUGCAUUCUUUCCAACCAAAGGAGUUUAUCGGCCACAUCAAGAUGGAUCGUACUUUGUGUCCUGCAAUGUAAUUUUUGCAGGUGAAGGCAAGGGGUAUUUGUCAGCUAUAAUUGCUAUCGACGACUCAUUAGAUCCCAGAAAUGGACUUUACGCAUUAGAUGAAAAUCCUAAAAGACUGGUCACCCUUAAUGUGGCUGGUUCCAUAGAACUUAGAAAAGGUCAAAAUGUCUCGGUGUACGUCAAAACUACAGCAUCGUCAUCCUGGAACGUUUCUAUUGAAACAGGCUUUUCAGUGGUGUUAAUUGGAGCAGAUUCUCUUGCUACCCCAGGAAUCUUAGCAGUUAAACAAGAGGAAGCCAGCGAAAUUUUCACUGGAGGGGAAAUUGGCGAAUGGAAACUCAUCCAACAAGUGUCUGACCCUUUUUUCCUGAGAAAUUCUCGAUUUGACUCAGCUACAGGCAGGUUCAAGGCUAAAGAAGAUGGUCUUUACCUCAUCAGUGCAAUAAUGUUAAUACUUCACUCAGGAUUAUCUCAAAUCAGAAUGGCCUUUGUAGCAGACGGACAGUCCAUUAAUGUAACAACCUUUCAGUCAAAUUCUUUAAAUUCAAAAAGUGGUGCCUUUGUCAGCACGCUGACGCUCUCCAGUACAGUACACCUUUAUCCAAAUCAGAAAGUUUCAACAUUUAUCGACUUACUUGGCCAAAACAGUUUCUCGUGUAAAGUACUGCCAAACAGUAGUUUUUCCGCCGUUUUAGUUUCUCGAUGGGAAAGUGAUUACACUGCCGGAUUUUUGGCAACCGCAAUCUAUGAUGCAUUUGGGCGGACGGGAUAUAAGAAAGUCGCCGACUGGAAAUCUGUGCCGUCAGUUUCUAAAAAGUACAAGAUAACGCCUUCCACUUCAAUAAAUAUCAAGAACAGUGGCUUAUAUUUUCUGCAGAGCGUUUUAAUUAUAGAAGAUUAUGAGGGUGACAAGGCUUUUGAUAGUGGAGUUAUCAAUGGAAUAAUUGCUCAUAAUGGCAUCUCGGCGUCGAAACUCAGUGACGUGCAGAAGAGUGGCAAAUUUGUCAUUAGUGCAUUUGGAGUGAUAUUCCUGAGAAAAGGACAGAAUAUUAGCCCAUGCAUAAAAUCUAAGAAAAGAUCUCCUUUCGCCACCAUAAAAGAUUCGUGGUUUUCGAUAGUGCGUUUUCUUCCGCGUCGUCAAACUCCAGGUUUUCAUCAAAUUCUCGAGGAUGGCAAUAAUAAAAAAGUGUUCCCGGGAUGCUCAGUAACAGGAUUUAUGUCAAGGGGUGGAGGCCUACUGGCCUACAUAAAUGGUGACAUAUACAAACCAAAUCCGACAUCACCGAAUGAUAAAGGAAACUUCACUGCACCUGUGAAAGGUACUUACUUGAUAUCUCUCUUGUUCACUCUAAAUGGAAACCUCACUGCAAAUGUCACUGCGUGUGUUGGAAGUCAAAAGUCUGCAGGGUGUCUCGUUAAAAUUUAUGACACUUGGAGGAAAAGAAACUACACCUUUGGGUUCGUUGGACUGAUUGACUUAGAAAAGAACGAAAUAAUUUCAGUCUGUCUUCAGCCUAAAACUGAGAUAUCGUCUCUAAUAGGAGUCACGAUAUCCGUUGAAUUUCGAGGUCAAGCUAACACAACUGUUCAACUAAAGCACAUCUCCGACUGGUCAAGUUCUACAGGAUGGCAAGAGUUAACUCAGUGGAGAACUCGUGGUGGAUACUCCGUAGAUAAACUUUACGUGAUGGAAAGUGGGCUAUAUAUUCUCUCAAUUAAUUUGCAGAUAAAAGCAGGCGAAAGAAGCCUCUUUGGAGUGAAGUUUGAUGCUAGAGGAUUGUCAAAUCGCAGUGUUUUAUCUGUUUUAGCACACUCCGAAGGAGACGCUAUUGUGUCAUAUAGUGCUGCUGUCGUUGCUCGUCUGAAUGAAUCUGAAACGAUGGCUGCUUCUGUUUACUCCGAUUCGCAAUCAUUACUUGUAACAAACACCACAAUGUUUGCUGCAUUGGUAACUUCAAAUGACAAAUACUCCUGCUUAACACUGCGAUCGAAAACAAGACAUUACACUAGUGGAACAUGGUGGAAAGCUAUCGGAGAUUGGGAAAACUUUGAUGAAAAGUGCAAGUCUUCAAACUCAGAUUUCAUAAAAGGAAUAUUUGUUGCUGAACUACCGGGUAUUUACUUCCUGGCUACCACAGUUGUCGUGAAGACGUCACAUUUAUCAAAUCAAACAAGAAUUAUGGAACUUCUACUUACCGUCAAUGGGGACGCGAUGAAUACCAAUGGAUUAAAAGCUACCAAAAGUGUGACUGAUGGCUUGUCAGUGAUCCUAAGUUUAUCUGCUACCGCUUGCCUUGAGCAGAGGCAGACGUUGUAUUUGAUGAUUAGAAGCAGUGGCGAGGGUGAUUUUGAAGUAACCAAUGGAGGCACAUUUAGCGUGGUACUAUUAGAGGAGACAAGGCAGUACAAGACAAUAGGAAACAACAUUAUUCAGUUUGACAAAGGCCCACGAAUAAUACGUCAUCCACCGGUACACCGUAGUCUCGGCGGCGAUCUAGGAUUAAAUGUUUCAUGGAGAUGUGAUGCAGUAGCUGAGGGAAAUGUGUCUUAUCAAUGGCUAAAGAAUAACCAGCCUUUUGCACCAUCUCAUGACCUGUCUCUUAUUAACGUGCAAGUAUCACACACGGGUCAAUAUGUCUGUCUGGCGGAAUAUGACGGCAUCAAGGUGUACUCAACACAAGCUGACCUUGAUGUGUUCGACACCACUCCACAGUUUGAGACUAGAGAAUUUAAUGCCACAGAAAAUAAAAAUGCUUCAUUUGAGCUUCCUUUUAAUGCUUUGGACAAGGAACGCAUGGCUGCUAUUGUCUCUCUCGUCAUAGUUAAAGGAAACACGAAGGGUACGUUUGUACUAUUCCCUGAGGUAGCACAGGACAGAUUCAGACUAAGAAAUCAAAUUCCAUUAGAUCACGAGGCCAUAAACCUGUUUCACCUGACACUUAAGGCUACCAAUCAGGACACGAAGAAAUCAACUGAAGUCGAAGUGACAAUUCAUAUUUUGGAUGAUAACGAUAAUAAACCGAUAUUCCAUAACAGGACUGUGAACAUUUCUGUCAAGGAAAACGUAGCAAAUGGAACUUUCAUAUAUCAAGUGAAAGCGAUUGAUAAAGAUUCUGGGAACAAUUCGAGAAUAAAGUAUACUCUGCUUUCAGGGGAGUAUAAGGAAAACUUCGUUAUUGAUGCCUCAUCUGGAAAUGUCUCUGUCAACGGAAACCUUGAUCGUGAAAGCAGGGGUGAUUUCACACUCCUAAUCCAGGCGACGGAUGGAAAGUUUCGAUCAAACAUGAGCUUAUUAAUAACAAUAUUGGACGUGAACGAAUUCCAACCAGUGUUUAAUCCACAGUAUUAUAAAAGAAACAUUUCAGAAAUGGCUUCAUUUGGGACGCCGAUCAUUCGAGUUUCUGCCACAGACGAGGACUCAGCAGAGAAUUCCAUAAUACAUUAUAAAAUCAUUAGCGGUAAUAUUAAUGGCACUUUCGGCAUCAGUGAAACAAACGGAACGAUUUUGCUCCAAAAAUCAUUAGAUUACGAGACACUGAGCGGUUACAAACUUCUUGUAGAGGUCUCCGACGGUAAAUAUAAUUCAACCGCGAACGUUUCAAUUCAAGUCGAAGAUUUCAAUGACAAUAGUCCGUACUUCACGAAAAACCUUUUUUCAACUACCAUUUCAGAUGAUAUUCCUAUAGGAUUUGUGGUAAUGAAUUUGACAGCACUAGACAGCGAUAGUGGCUGUAAUGGAUACGUGACGUAUUCGUUAGCGGAAAACCUGCGGGAAAACGACCAUCUACAUCUAUUCCAUGUCAUUCCUACAAGUGGAGCCAUCAUAACUUUAGACAAACUCAAACUGAACGCACCCCUAGUUAAAUACAGGUUUUCUGUCAUCGCUAGUGACCAUGGUAUUCCGAGUAGGCAAUCGCGUGUAAACGUCACGAUUAUCGUGGAAGAUGCAAACAACUCUCCCCCUGUGUUCACAGAUUGCCCAGACAUUAUAGUAAUAGGGUCAACCAAACCAGAACAGCACUUCUUUAAUGUCUCGGCUUCCGAUGCCGAUUAUGGAUCCAAUGCCAACAUCGGUUACUUUAUUGACGAUGAACCAUCCUCAGAAAUGUGUUCUUCAAACUCAAACAUGUUUCAAGUUGAUGAAAAGGGAGCAGUUCGUAACGUACAAGAGCUGGAGGAGAAAUGCAUUUAUAACAUAACCAUAUGUGCGACGGACGGAGUGAAAUUUGAUCGAUGCACAGUUACUUUACGCGUCAAUCUGCCUGAUGAACCCACUGCCGUAGAAAGGACAGAUGAUCCUCAAGGCACGCAAAUAAUUGUCCUGAGCAUUAUAGGCGUCCUCCUAAGCGGUUUUAUUUUGGGUCUGAUCAUUAUUUGUUGCUUCCGAAGGAGAAGAAUAAGUGUUUAUGCAAUGGCGAAGAAAGACAGAAACAAGGCUGAAUCUGAAUUGUAACAAUUUACUGGAUGCAAUGAAAACAGAAUGGCGCAGAAGGAGCGGGGUACGUGGAAUGCGGAACCAGUGGUCAGCAUUAUUUUAUAUAAACUCAAAACAUCUCAGGAUUAUUCUAAGGGUUAAGUGGUAGCGGUAGGACUACAGAUGAAAUUUACGAUUAGAAUUAAAAAAUGAAAUAACUUCUUUAGAAAACCGUUGUACCUUUGGUGCGUCAUUCGAUUUUUUAACAUAUGUUCUGCAAAUCAUUAAAUGCAAUUUCAAAGUACAUUCCAAGUUGAUAACGGAUUGAAAAAAAAACAUUUAGUAGAUAUUAAGAUCCUGAUAUCGUUCUUUUUUAUACCAUUUUUCUCUCUCUCUGUUGUGUAGCAUUCAGUAAGCUAUGGUCUUCUAUGUUUGAUCAUUUGAUUUGAAUAGAGAUACUGCAUGGUUAAAUAAUGACUUCAGAGCAUUGCCGCCACGAAAACGUGCUGUUAGAAGGCCAUAACGCCUACGUCAAAUUAGUUUAAAUGAUAAAUCAAUGCAUAACAACUGACGAAAGCUUGUAUCAAUUCAAAUUCUCUGCUUGAUUCUGAUCAUGAAAAUGUUGAAGAAUCUUCCGCUUCAAGCUAUGAAUCCGAUGAAGAAAAUCCAGAGCCUGGGGACAGGAAUUUUUUCCUGACCGUGGAAGACGAAUUUCUCGUAUUAGUGAAAAUAGACUAGGAUUAUUAUACCCUGAUUUAUCUGUGAGAUUUAAUGUGUGUGAAGAAACUGUUUCUAUACUGUUAACAAUUUAGUUUAAUUACUUAUGUGAACGUUUUGGUGUGUUAAAGAUCUGGCCAAACAGAAAUUUUUUUUGCUUAGCUCCCACAUACUCAAAGUUAAUUGAAAAAAAUCACAAGGAAUGUCAAUAGUAUGGCACAAAAGUGGUUAUGAGGUAAAUGGGAAGCAAUAACUUUAGAACCUCAUUUAUAUCACAUGUAAUACAUCAAGGUUUCUUGAAGUAUAAAUGAAAGAAUUUUAUACAUGCCAAAUAA